GGAGAGAUCAAAACAAACAAAACAAAAACAAACACUGCACAAUUCGUUGAUUCCUAUCGUUUCUGUAUGAGUUGAUUAUUAAUUCAUCGCGUAAAAUGAGUUUAAUCAAAUGUUCGGUUUGCCCCUUCGAGAAACAGAAACUGGCAUGCAAAAUAUGCGAAGGGACGAACGGUGCGAUGGAAUCUAUGUUCUGUAACGAAGAUGACGAACGAUUAUUGAGCAAGAUAUUCAAAUGCACAAACGUAACGGUCAAACCUGUGUGUGGGAUAAUAUCUCCUAUUUGCGAAUUUUGUCGCAGCAGGAUAGACCAGUUCGAUGAUACUUUUCAACCCCGCUGCAAGGAAUACGUCGUUGAGAGAGUGACCAGCUGCACGGGUCCCGAAGAUGAUCCAUUCAAUUGUAUUGAUCCCAUGAGUGUUUCCAAAAACGACAAUGAUGCCAAAGAAAUCUAUGUUGAUAACGUGUGCGAAAUCGAGGAUAAAAACGCCCAUAUCCGAGAAGUUCACAUACCAAACAUUCUUGGGAAGGAACAGGUGGAAAAAGAUAAGUCGAAUGGGAUUGAUUCCACUAGAAAGGAAGACGCAGAGUGUCCUCCUGCAGUCACACAUGAAGAUCCUGAUCAGAGGUUGGCUGAUACAAAAGCGGAUGGUGAUGAUAAUAUUGACGAUAGUCAAGAUGAUAACCACUCCGAGUUUGGAGAAAGUGACGAUAUGCCUGCAACGGAAAAUAGACCAGGUCGACGCAAGGUGGAAGUUCCUUUUGGUGUAAUCAAGAAGCCUUCCAAGUGUGAAAUUUGUGGUAAAAGUGUUGCUUACAUGAAAGAUCACAUGAGAAUGCACAGUGAGCAAAAGAAAUAUAAAUGUCCGGAUUGUGAUAGAUCGUUUUCACAAAGCAAUAACUUAGUUUAUCACAUGAGGAAGCAUACCGGGGAGAAACCAUUUGCUUGUGACAAAUGUGAUAAAAGAUUUAUUUGUAAAUCUCAUCUUCUCUCGCAUGCCCGUUCCCACGUGAACGACCAACCUUUCCAGUGCGAAUUCUGUUCGAAGCGUUUCAACCAGGCAUGUAAUCUGACGAAACACCGGCGGCUUCACACCGGCGAGAAGCCAUACAAAUGUGGCGUAUGCGAGAAAGCAUUUAUGAAUCUGUCCAACAUGAAGGCCCACGAAAAGCGUCAUCGCGGUGAACGGAAUUUCACCUGUGAAAUUUGCUCCAAGAGUUUCUACGACAACCAUCAUUUGGAAAGACAUAUCGCAACGCACACAAAAACCAAAAAGCACAAAUGUUCGAUCUGUUUGAAGGAGUUUUCAACCGCUGCCGGGUUGAAAUCACACGAGGCUAAUCACAAAAAUCCACUGCAAGCUGCUACUUGUGAGAUUUGCCAAAAAUACUUCUCCUGCGAACGAAAGUUGGGGCUACAUCUGAAGAGUCACGAUUCGAAUAAUUCUCUGCAGAAAGCGUACAAAUGCAACUUUUGUUCCAAAAGUUUCGAUCGGAUAGAUCAACUGGAUCUGCACAAGCAAAAACAUACAAACUCAAAGUUCAGAAAACGUAAUCGUGAAAUUAUUAUCGACCCGGAAACGGCGACGAGGCAGCUGAAGGACGGUCUCAGCAAACCGUACCGUUGCACGGUUUGUUUCAAAAUAUUCAAUCAAGCUUCGGGUCUUCGGUUGCAUCUCAAAUUGCAUAUGUUCAAAGAAGAGGCGUUCAGUUGUACCACGUGCUUUCGGUCGUUCGAAGGAGACGAGCAAUUGAGUGCCCAUGUUUGCACUCAUGCUGAUUCCGAGCCGCUUCAAGGAGAAAUUGGUAUUCCCAGCGAGUCUACUCGAGAGAGUGCAAAAGUCAUUCAGACGGUUCCAUUGGAUGGUAUUCGUGCAGAAAACGGCGUACGGUUGACUGAUAUUCGCACAAAAGUACUUCCUGAGACAAACCAGGUUGUGGCUAAAUUGGAGAUAGUAAAUAACUAGUAAACUUGUAGUCCAAAAUUUGCAGAAUAAAGUUUGAGCGGAAAUUGCUUUUUGUAGUUAGCUAUCAUUGAUUUUUCUCUUUGAUAGAUUGUAGAUUUAAUUGAAAUGUUACUUUAAAAUUGAGAAAAAUUAAAGCAUGGA